GCCGCGCUCCGCCUCCGCGCCGCCCCGGGCCUGCGCGCACCGCGGCCGCCGCGCUGCGACCCGAGCGGGCCGCGGGCCAUGACGGACGACGCCGUGCAGGCGCUGCUGCGGCGCUUCUACGCCCUGCAGGGCGAGCGCCUGGAGGCCUACCGGCUCUUCGAGGAGGGCCACCGGGCGUACCUGCGCGGCGCGCCCCACUACGACUUCCCGCGCUACCGGCAGCUGGUGCACGAGGUCACGGUGGCCUUCGGCGGCAUCUCCCGGGAGGUGCUGCAGCUCCAGCGGCGGCUGCGCCAGGAGCACGGCCGCCCCGAGCUGGCCCAGCACCUGGCCCGCGUCCAGGAGCGCGAGCAGGAGAAGCUGCAGCUGACGGCGCGGCUCCAGCUGGCCCGGCAGCGCGCGCAGGAGCAGCCCGGCGUGGCCGCCCAUGAGCAGGAGGUGCGGGAGCUCAAGCACAGGCUAAUUAAAACCAUGGAGGCAAUCAGCGAAAUUCUCCAGGACCUCAAGUACGAUUCGGAAGAAGCCGAGUGACGGGCGUCCCCGUGGGAAUGGCGGGGGGGGCCGGGCGCUGCCCGCGGCACGGGGUGGGCACGGCCCCUGGCGUGGCCCCCCGCGGCCCCGGUUUGGGUGCAACCCCCCCCCCCGCCCCGGCAAGGCGCUCGCGGCAGGGCGGCCCGGCCCGGCACCCCCCCGGGCGCUGGCACGGCGGCGCGCGCCUUUGGCUGCCCGCCGCGGCCCCGUCCCCGCGCGCUCCGCUGACGCAGGCCCCCGGGGGCUCCGAGAGGUUUAUUGGCAUUAAGCUCAAAUCUGUUCCUAAUUGACUGCAAUGUAACCAAAACGCGGCUGGUUCGAAUCAAACCGAGAGCAGGCACCGGGCGAACCCCGUCGGUGCCGGCCGGGCCCGCGCGGCUCGCCGGGGACGGACCCCCGCCGCGGCCCCCCCACGGCUCCAGCCGCCCCCCCGGGAGCCGGCGGGCGGCUGGGCCGGGCCGGGCCGGGCGCGGGGCUGCCGGCCGCCCCGGCGAGGAUGCGGGGGGCCCCGGGCGGGCGCCGCUGCCGCCCCCGCCUGCCGUCCUGCCGGCGCUCAGCGCCGCGGGGGCUACAACUUAUCGCCGGGUAGCACCUGCGAGGAGAGCACAGCCCUGCGUCGAGGCCGCCGCCGGGCGCCCCGGUCCCGAGCGUCCCCCCCAUCGUGGGUGCCCCAACCGAGCAUCGCACCCCGGCCCCGAGCAUCCCCCGUGUGGGUGCCCUGGCCCUGAGCAUCUGCCCCCCAUGGGCACCCCGGCCCCGAGCAUCCCUCUGUGGCACCCCGGUCCCGAGCAUCCCCUCCCCGCGGGUGCCCCGACCCUGAGCAUCCCCCCCCCCGCAGCACCCUAGCCCUGACCAUCCCUCUGUGGCACCCCAGCCCCAAGCAUCCCUUCCCAUGGGCACCCCAUCCCCGAGCACCCCAUCCCCGAGCAUCCCUCCCUGCGGGCGCUCCAGCCCCGAGCAUCCCUCCGUGGUACCCCGGCCCCGGGCAUCCCUCGCCAUGGGCACCCCGGUCCCGAGCAUCCCUCCGUGGUACCCCGGUCCCGAGCAUCCCCCCCCCGCGCCGCCACCGCGCCGGGAGCCGGGAGAAGAGAAACAAGUGCGAAAAGGGUCCUUA